CUAAGGAUACUUGAUGAGGCUAGAAUCGUCAUGACAAGCCUACACAAUCUACAUCAACACUAUUUCCUUUUAUUUCUUCUGAGUCAAACAACGGUUGCACUCGGUAUUUAUUCUCUGUUUUAUGGAGUCAUCAAAAUGAGGCAUCUAUCCACAUGGGUUACAUUCUUUUGUCAAGUACACUCAACGAGACAACGUGAGACUCUGUACGCAGGUAGAGUUUUAUACAGGAUUAUAUAAACUCCUGGAUAUCCUCCUCCAGUUUUAACCUCUCUUCGACAUCUCGACGACUUUUCUUUUUACUUACCACACAAGCCAAAUCCCCCCACACAGCUACCGAAGCAGCAAGCAACCACAGCAAGAACCGCAACAACUGUCAACAAUCCCAAGAUGUCUUCCAACGAUAGUGAUCUCGAUAGCGCCCUAAAUCUUGCUAUAUACUACUUAAUCGCAAGAGACCUAACACCGACCGGCAAGAAGAUAGACAAGAGUUCCAGUGGAAGUAACACGGAGAAUCAGAAUGGCAGCGCCAAAGAUCAGCCUGGAAGAGAGGGUUCUAAAACUGUCAGGUGGGCUGACCCAAUUGAAACAGAGAUUCCGAACACACCCGUUAAAAGCGAUAAAUCGAAGUGAGGAUAGCCAUUUCAUAGAGGUAUAACAGGUACCUUCGUAACACUGUUCUUGCCUGGUAGAGAAAUAUUUAGAAUAUUUCGUGCAUUAAAGUACUCGAGUGGAAGCAGAGUUUGCAGCAAAAUUAACUUGACCUCGAUAUUCUAACCCGCAAAGUGCAUGGUUUUAUUUGAACCUCCUGUGACAAGGGCUUGGAAUAAGGGCUUGGAAUAGAGUAUCCAAUUCAAUAAUAAUUUUCUAAUAGUCUCAAGGGCCUUGGUCUCCUCC